CCUCCCUCCUGCUCAUCAUGCUCGUCCCCGCUCUCCGGUCCUCUGCGCCGCGCAUGGCGCUGCGCGUGCCCGCCAUGCGCGUGCGCAGCAUGGCCUCCAUGCCCCUCACCUCGGCGCCCACGUCGGCCUUCGCAAAGGAGCCCGUGAACGGCAAGUACACCGUCUCCUUCAUCCGCGGCGACGGCAUCGGCAUCGAGAUCAGCGAGGCCGUCGACGAGAUCUACAAGGCGGCAAAGGUGCCCAUCGUGUGGGAGAACGUCAGUGUGGCGCCCUUCAUCAACAAGCAGGGCAAGCAGGUCAUUCCCGACGAGGCCAUCGAGAGCAUCAAGAAGAACACCGUCGCGCUCAAGGGCCCGCUCGCCACGCCCAUCGGCAAGGGCCACGUCUCGCUCAACCUGACGCUGCGCCGCACCUUCUCCCUCUUCGCCAACGUGCGCCCCUGCAAGUCGCUCGAGGGCUACAAGACGCCCUACGACAACGUCGACACGGUGCUCAUUCGCGAGAACACCGAGGGCGAGUACUCGGGCAUCGAGCACGAGGUCAUCGACGGCGUCGUGCAGAGCAUCAAGCUCAUCACCCUCGAGGCCUCCGAGCGCGUCGCGCGCUACGCCUUCCACCACGCCGAGCAGAACGGCCGGAAUCGCGUCACGGCCGUGCACAAGGCCAACAUCAUGAAGAUGUCGGACGGCAUGUUCCUGCACGCCUGUCGCCAGGUGGCCAAGGAGUACCCGCACAUCACCUACGACGAGGACCUGCUGGACCGCGCGUGCCUGCGCAUCGUGCAGGACCCCAGCCCGUACGCCGACCGCGUCAUGGUCAUGCCCAACCUGUACGGUGACAUUCUCUCCGACAUGUGUGCCGGUCUGAUUGGCGGUCUCGGCCUGACGCCCUCGGGCAACAUCGGCAAGGAUGCGUCCAUCUUCGAGGCGGUGCACGGCUCGGGUCCGGACAUUGCCGGGCAGAACAAGGCCAACCCCACGGCGCUGCUGCUCUCGAGCAUCAUGAUGCUGCGCCACAUGCGUCUCUUUGAGCACGCCGACAAGAUCGAGAAGGCCAUCUUCAAGACGAUUGCCAGCGGCGACCGGACGGGCGACCUGGGCGGAAAGCUCGGAACCAAGGAGUUCACGGCUGCCGUGAUCAAGAACCUUUGAAGCGAGAGCAGAAAGCGACGUCGUCGGCCUGCAGACGGCCACGAGGCAGUCGUGCGCGCGCUUGACGGCCGGGACGCGGGCAUGGAGAAGCCGCAGGUGAUGGGGGAUGCAAGGGGCGAGACAUAGAAUUGACCAUCCGCUUGGCCC